AUGGCACCAUCAGCCAUCUCAGACCUCCAAUCCGACAAUCUACCCACAACCCAAUCCGCCCUCUCCUCCUACCGCGGCUAUGACCAUGUACAUUGGUACGUCGGCAAUGCCAAACAAGCUGCAACCUUCUACAUCACGCGCAUGGGCUUCUCGCGCGUCGCCUACCGCGGUCUCGAAACUGGUUCCCGCAGCAUCUGCUCACACGUCGUGCGCAACGGAGGUAUAACUUUUGUACUCACUUCGCCGCUUCGAUCACCCUACAACAGCGAGAAGCUUGACCGACUCUUUCCCAGCGCAGAAGAGCAGGAGCAUCUGAAAGAGAUUCAUGAGCAUUUGGCGCGACAUGGUGAUGCGGUUAAAGAUGUUGCGUUUGAGGUUGAUUCCGUCGAUGAUGUGUUCACUGCAGCUGUGGGAAAUGGCGCCGUUGCGGUUUCGCAACCCAAGACAAUUGAGGAUGAGAACGGGCAGGUCAGGGUUGCUACUAUUCGGACGUAUGGAGAUACGACGCAUACUUUGAUUCAGCGUCGAGGGGUCGCAAAGCCCUAUUCAGGAGUUUUCUUGCCUGGGUACAGGGAUGAGACAACUUCCGGUGGCAGUGACCCUAUUACCGCUUUCCUGCCAAAGGUUGAUUUGAGGAGGAUCGAUCAUUGCGUUGGAAAUCAGGAUUGGGAUGAGAUGGAGAAGGUUUGCGAGUACUACGAAAAAGUACUCGGAUUCCACCGUUUUUGGUCCGUAGACGACAAAGACAUCUGCACAGACUACUCCGCCUUAAAAUCAAUCGUCAUGUCCUCCCCGAACGACAUCGUCAAAAUGCCCAUUAACGAACCCGCCCAUGGUAAAAAGCAGUCCCAAAUCGAAGAAUACGUUGACUUCUACGACGGCGCUGGCGUACAACACAUCGCCCUGCUGACAGAUGACAUAAUCAGCGCAAUCACGAACCUGAAAGCUCGUGGAGUGGAGUUUAUCAAGGUGCCACCGACGUAUUACGAUAAUAUGUGGAUGCGUCUCAAGAGAGCAGGCAUGAUGCCCAAGGAGGCGUGGGAGGACAUUAAGAGGUUGGAUAUUUUGAUUGAUUUUGAUGAGGGGGGUUAUUUGUUGCAGCUUUUUACAAAGCAUCUCAUGGAUCGGCCGACUGUUUUCAUUGAGAUUAUCCAGCGCAAUAACUUCUCUGGAUUUGGUGCGGGUAAUUUCAAGUCAUUGUUCGAAGCUAUUGAGCGCGAGCAGGCUCUCAGAGGGAAUCUGAUUUAA